GUAAGAUAAAAUAUUGAACGAAAUACAAAGCUGCUAAUAAACUACACAUUCUUGUGAAUCGGUACUAGUGAAAUAACAAUUUGUAGUACUUUUUAUAGGGUUAUUUUACAACUAUACAAUAUGGCCCUCAAUAGAACUAUUGUAAAAGGUAUUCAGUUGGUGAUCACACUGCUCUGUUUAUGUCUACAUACACAAUCUAGAACCUCAAAUUUCUUCACGGAAAUUGUAUCCAUAACAGCGUUCGCUGGUUUCUUGAUUAUAAUAGCAGGAUUCUUCAUUGGAGGAUCGUCGCCCCCAAAGUUGGAGAUUUUCUAUGCCAUCGUUGGAUUCGCAUUCUUUGCAGCGGCAGCAUACCUGAAUUUCCACAAAUUUCACAAUGCGUUUGAUAGUGACGAAAAAACAUUCGGUUUCAUAAAAUCAGGAUUAUCGCUUUUGAAUUCAGUGGCUUUCUUGUUGGAGGCAGUGCUAGUCUGGAGAGAUUAACAGUAGCUUUUAAGGAAGCAUGGAAUUAUGAGGAAAAAUUGGGGAUCAUGAUUGGGAAACGAUGACUCAUCCAUAUGUCUAUUUAUCGAAGUAAUUCGUCACACUUGAAUCAACCUAAUUUCAUCAAAGCUGGAUUGUUGUGAUAUCGAAACUUAUUUAUCGAUAUCUGUAUUUGUUCAAUUUAUGGUGAAUUUUUUAUCAAUAAAUGAAAUUGUUUUUUGUUACAACAUGAAAUUCCAA